ACCAACGAAGAAGAACGGCACUCUUCCUCUCGGUUACUUCCUAGUGUUUUUACGCCCUCCAGUGGCGAUAAUGCCGAAUUGCACUGAAGUUGUGUUUUCACUUUGUUUUCCUUUUCACCGGGAAUUAAAUAACUAAAGCACGACUUUAAAUGCUCAUAGACGACAGAGACAGCACCAUGGCGAAACAAAGUUAGAAAUGACAGCUGUGGAAGAGGUUACAUUUAAUAAGAUAUAUUUUUAACCACCAUGUUUGUGCGUAGCUCGGCUGGAAAAGGCGGAACACCUUGAGACUCAAACCUGUCAGUUGAGUUGUAAACUUUUCUGUGUGCCUGCCUGGGGUUGGACAGAGUUGCAUACGUGCCUACUGCUGCUGCUGACGCGUAGACUAAAAGUCUUAUUUACAUACGAAGAUGAGCGGUCAACCCGCAAGAUACUUCCAGGUAACUUUUUUGUGUGUCUGAGUUCCUCAUCCGUGCUCAGGACGCCCAGCAUGGCUGUGCAAGGUGUUCUCCACUGGAUGCAAGCCUGCGUGGUCCUGCUGCUCUGUUUAUCUGAAGCCCUGAAGCCUGCCGCCUCAGAGACAAGCAGGAAUUACUAUGAUACCCUCAAUGUUGAGCCAACAGCAACUGACAGCCAGAUAAAGAAGGCUUUCCGCAAACUGGCCGUAAAACACCACCCAGAUAAGAACAAGAGCGGCGAUGCAGAGAAGACUUUCAGAGAGAUUGCUGAAGCCUACACGGUGCUCUCCAACAAGGAGAAGAGGAAGCUGUAUGACACUGAGGGCCAUGAGACUUUCCUAAAAAAUGAGGCGUCUGUUGACCCCGAGGACGAACACGAGACAGACUUCCACUUCAGUUUUGAAGACAUGUUCCAUGACUUCGAUGGAAGUCCCUUUGUGGAGGAGCCAUUCUCCCACUGGAGCUUUCAUCAGGACGGGGAGGACGAGGAUGGUCCAUAUGAACGUUUUGAAGAUCCUGGCUUCAGCUUUUAUUUUGGUGAUGUGGAUGAAAAUGAAGAAGAUCACUACUACUUCUAGAUAUCCAGUCUGUUUGUCCUGUAUCCUGUAAUGUAUUUUAUUGAUAAUAAAUUCUCCUUAUUAA